AUGUCUUGUCAUCACCAGCAAGUUGCAGCCAACAACAUUCUUCUCACAGCUCCUCCUGUCAGAAUUCAUGUCAUGCUUGUGGAUGAUGAUGCUACCUCUCUUGCUGUUGUUUCAGGCUUGCUUAAAACUUUGAAUUAUGAAGUUACUCCAUUUAACGAUCCGAUUUGUGCCUUGUACACGCUUCGCACGGGAAAGCAAAUUUUUGAUCUGGUUAUAACCGAUCUCUAUAUGCCAAAUAUGGAUGGUUUUGAGCUAACCAGGAGAGUAAAUGAUGAAUUCAAGCUGCCUGUGAUUAUGAUUUCGAUCGAUGAUCGAGAAAGCAUAAUGCUCAAGGCUAUACAAGAAGGAGUUGUGCUUUACUUAUUGAAACCCUUCACUAUAAAUGAUCUAAGAAACAUUUGGCAAUUUGCCCUAUCCACAAAAUCAAGAAGUAAACCAAACCCUAACUUGUUUAUCGAAGAAACCGGAAGCCAUGGACCGAGAUUUCCAGCGUUCAAAUCACGCUCCGAAGAAGUGAACUCAGUCUCGUCUUCGAACGAACGAAGACGAGGAAAGAAGAAGAAGGAUUCAAAAGGAAAAGGGAAAAAUCAAGAGAAAGCAAAUGAUAAAAAGGAAUUGACCACAACCACAAAAAAGGCAAAGGUGGUUUGGACAGAUUUCCUUCAAUAUAGAUUCUUGCAAGCUGUUCAUUACAUCGGUUUGGACAGAGCUGUUCCAAAGAAAAUCCUAGAAAUCAUGAAUGUGCCUGGCUUGACAAGGGAAAAUGUUGCUAGCCAUUUGCAGAAAUACAGAAUUUUUCUAAGAAAAGUUGCUGAACGAUGCAUGGUAACAUCCGACAAGACAAUUGAAGAAGUCCUAUGGUCGAAGUUCCUCUCCCGACAUGCUACACUUGUGUUAGAAAAAAUCCAAAAAAAAAGAACUCGCCAUCUCAAUUCUGCCCAAAACCCUAAUAUCCCUCCUUUGCUUGGUAAUCUAAAUUCAAAUGACAACUAUGACGACCACCAAUCUAGGUACCGCCCGACUAGUUAUCCAACAAAUCUCCUGCCUUUCAAUCUAGACCACAUUAGGAGUUUUAUUGGUGGCAACAAAGCAUUACAGAGGAACCCUAAUAAAGCUCAAAGUGUCAACUUUGAAGAUCGAUCCUAUCCGAGUCUUCCUAGCUUCCUGAACAACGAUAACUACACUGGAUUCUCGGUCCGCGCCAGCGGGGAGCUUCAAGUGGCACAAAAGGGGGUUUCAAUGGGUUUUGAAGAUUAUUCUAGGGAGUAUGGUCAAAAUGGUAUUGGAUUUGGAGGAGAUCAUGAGAGUUACAAUUGGGGUUUAAUGAGUAAUUAUGGUGUUAACUUUGGUGAAAAUUCUCAGACAGUGAAGCAUUAUUCAAGUCAUUCUCUUGAUAAUAAGGAUGGUGGCCAAGAAGAUUCUGGUUUUUUGGCUCCUUUGUUUCCAAUGCAGAGCUUUGUUGAUAAUAUAAAUCCAACCCCUAAUUAUCAACAACAAGGCAAUGGGAGUUUCAUGGUAGAUGAGAGCCACCACGCCUACAACAUUUAUACAGCAGAUGAAGAAACUUCAACAACUGAUCCUUUCUCCAUUGAUGAAAAGGUCUUGGAUGAAUUUAUGGCAUCGUUGCUCAGAAAUGAUACUUCUACAGAAGGAUAA